UGAUUAUCCGCAGUUCAGCGGCGACUAUCACAACGUCCAGUUGCAGGUGGCCGCCGUCGCUGCCAGCUCCAAGAUGUACCACAGCAGCAGCGCCGCGGCAGCCGCCGCAUAUACGGAUCUGGCCGCAGCCGGAGGCGCUGCCAGCGUGUCCGGGUAUCAUCAUCAGCAGGCGGUCAAUGCGCCCGUCUAUGUGCCCUCCAAUCGACAGUACAACCACGUGGCGGCGCAUUUCGGCAGUGCGGCUGCACAGAAUGCCUGGACAACGGACAGCUUUGGAACGGCCCAUGCUCAGCUUCCGGCGCAGUUUUAUACCCAGAAUGCAGUCAUGAUGGCGCCUUGGCGCAGUCAUUACGAUCCCACAGGAUUUCAGCGUUCCUCCCCCUACGAGAGCGCCAUGGACUUUCAGUUUGGCGAGGGACGCGAGUGCGUCAACUGCGGAGCCAUCUCGACGCCACUUUGGAGACGCGACGGUACAGGUCACUAUCUGUGCAACGCUUGCGGACUGUAUCACAAGAUGAACGGCAUGAACAGGCCGCUGAUCAAGCCCAGCAAGCGACUGGUGAGUGCAACUGCCACUCGCCGUCUGGGACUCUGCUGCACCAACUGUGGCACACGCACCACAACACUCUGGAGGCGCAACAACGAUGGAGAACCAGUGUGCAAUGCCUGCGGUCUCUACUUCAAACUGCACGGCGUUAAUCGACCCUUGGCCAUGCGCAAGGAUGGCAUUCAGACACGCAAACGGAAGCCCAAGAAAACUGGCAGCAGCUCCACAGCGGGAUCAGGAUCAGGUUCGGGAUCCACCACUGAGACCAUCAAAGAGUGCAAGGAAGAGCAUGAUCUGAAGCCGUCGCUUAGCCUGGAACGGCACAGCUUGAGCAAGUUGCAUACGGAUUUGAAGAGCACGCUGGCGAGCAGCGCUGCUAGCAGUUUAAUGAGCCAGCAUCAUGCCCAGCAGCAACAGCAGCAACUGCAACAGCCGCCGACGACGCAUCAGCAAUGCUUUCCCCUAUACGCGCAGCAACAGCAACAGCAGCAACAGCAGCAGCAACAACAGCAACAACAGCAGCAGCAACAGCAGACACAGCAUCCUCAGCACAGUCAUCAGUCGCAGUCGCAGUUGAGUUCGAGGCAGUUGCAUGGCGCUGCAAUGCAGCUAUACACGCCCAGCAGCAGCUCGGCCGCCUCCGCCUAUACGACGCACAGCAGCAAUGCCCCGGACACGCCCACACUGAGCAACGGCACGCCCUCACCGCAUUACCAACACCAUCAUCUGCAUGCAGCCGCCACAGGCAGCUCCCAUGGCCAUCAUGCAGCUGCGGCUCAUCAUCAUAUACAUGCCGCUGCCGCAGCUGCUGCUUAUGGGGUCAAGACGGAGGCGAGUGCCACCAAUUAUGACUACGUGAAUAACUGUUACUUUGGUGGCUCGUUUGGGGCAUUGGGCGGAGCAGCCACAUCGGCGAUGGCUGGUGGAGCGACCAGCGAAUUGGCCGGCUAUCAUCAUCAGCACAAUGUCAUACAGGCCGCCAAACUGAUGGCCACGUCCUGAGCAGCGUCGGGCACUGUGAUCUCUUACCCACAACACAAGUACACACACAUACACACACCAUCGUUGGAGCUUCGUUGGAUUGGUAUUGAAAAGACUUUUGAAUUAGUUUAACAUUAGUUGCAUAAGUUGCAAUUAGUUUUUAUGGCCUGUAAAUAACUGCGAGAUACUUUUAGUUUUGUACAAAUAUUUGUUUAUCGCUUCGUUCUGUUUCUGUUCCAUUUAGCUCACGUAAGUCCCUAAUUAGUCUAAGCUCUAGACUCUUAACUUUUCAUUGUAAAAUGUUUUUGCAAUUCUCUAUUUUGUGAAUUAGCAUAAAUUAUCCAUACAAUAUAUUUUAAGCGCACUCAAUCAUAGAUCAUUUAGCCAUAUGUCUAGUAGAAUAUGUUAUUCUUAAGUCCAAUCAUAUUACGAACUAAAUAAAUAUUCAUUGAAAAGAUAUACA